AUGAAAUUUGAAUCCUGAAAGUGGAGUUGAAUACUUGCGGAACUAACGACACGGUGCCGACACGGUGGCUGCUCUAGAGUCUGUAGGAACAUUCCGUGAGGUCAGGCACCGUGACGCUCCAAGUGACGUGCGUGAGAGUGCGCGUGCGUGUUGUGGGGGACUGCGCAUGCGCGCUGUGGGUGACUGCGCCGAGGGAGGAGCUAGAGGGAGGAGUGCCUGCCAGGACCAUGCCAGCCUUGCCAGACAUUCGCACAAUGGCGCUUUGUUGAAGUUGCCGAGCUGUCUAACCAAUCUCACAAACAAUUUACAAUCUGACGGAAGUUUCGCCAGGACACAGUCUGACAGUCCCUGGACAAGUCAUCGUCUGCUCACACACAUCAUCAUCAAGUCUUCUUGACAACGACACCACAAGAUUCACUCGAACUGCUCCAUGUGUGGAUGUUGUGCAGGUUGCCAGGGCCCGCAACUCGCUCCGCCCAGCGCAUUAUCGCCCGUGUGACUCGGCUUAUCAUCAAAGGUGCUGACCCCCGAGACUACCUUUCGCCCCCCGGUCAUCUCCCACUUCGGUGACGUGUGCCGUGACAUCACAAGGCAUGCUGCGUGUGCAUUACCUCGACUCGAACACGUCACCUCUGACCAGGGAGGACAACCCAGCAGGCGCACCUGACACCAGGGGAGCUCACUCCACGUCCUCCAGCUCGCCAAGUUCCAGAACUGCGGGAGGAGGAGGAGGACCGCGGCGGGAAAAAGGAACGCGCAACGUGCUGUCGGGGCGCGUGCCACAUGGCGGAGCCACGCGUAACGUUGUUUACUAUCAGAAUCGAUUUCUCGUCAUCGACACAACUCCUGCCAGGCCUCGCAGCGCUUCCCCCACUACGACAACCACCACCACCACCAUCAGCAGCAGCGCCCAGCCUGUGACGUCACACGUCAGUCACGCGCCGGUGGGCGGAGCCAGGCCGGGCGACGUCGGAAGUGUCCUACAUUUUGCGCCCAGUGCUGGAGAAGCAGACGACAAAUCGAAGGCAAAAGCAUCUCGGGUGGCGGCGGCGGCAGCAGCAGCAGCAGCAGCAGGCGCCCAGCACGAGCACCACAUGGCUCUCGACAGCACCCACAACACGCCGCCAUCCGCUGGGGGGCGAGCAGACGACACGUUCCCUCGCGCCAAGCGGGGCGGCACGCGGAACCUGGAGAUGGACGCCAGCUCCGUGUCCAUGGACGGCCGCGCCAUAGAGAUCAUGAUCUGCGACGAGUCGGGAGUGGCUCACCGGGCUACCCACAGUCCCCCGGCUUCGGGCAAGCGCGCGCUGCUGAAGAAGAUCGGCACCGUGCUGCUGGACAACCGCAUGGCGGGCAAAGACAACUCUGAGCACCUGCUCAACGAGCACCCGGAGGAGUACCGCGUGCUGAAGAAGGUGCUCAACAUCAUGUUCGUCACCGUGGGCGUGGCCUUGCUCUUCUCCGUCUUCGUCGUCAUCGGCUACACAGCGAUCUUUGGUGACAGCAGAAACAGACAGGACUUCGGGGUCGGUACCAGGAUCCCCAAGCAGUCAGUUGGUCACCACAGAACAUCCUCGAAACUUGACGACAGAAUGAGUCCAAAAGGACCUGACCUGAUCGGAGAAAGUGGCAGAAGACGACGACGCCCAGCUCAAGAGAGAGAGAGACAUGGCGGCUAAGGCUGAAGCCCCGGAUUACCGUGACCUGACCCCAGUCCUGUGUGAAGGUCUCGCGCUGUCCCCAAGGAUGACACGCCUCUCUGCCCACAGGAGUGGCUCACAGCUGUAGACGCUUCUUCUUGUCACGUGAUCACACAGGUUUCGUUUUCAAACUUGCAGUCCAGUAGGCAAAUGCACGCAUGCGCACUUCAUAACAGAUGAAGACCGUUGGCUGAACAGAGCUCAGCGUGCAAGUCUCGUGGCGAGUGAUGGCAGCCGUGUCCACCACAAGAUGCCAGCCCCUCAGGGUCUGGGCCAUGCGACUGGGCCAUCCGGGUGCUGGCAAAGAACUGCUCAGGACGUGCGCGGCGUCGAGAGCGGAAGCACCAACAGACUGACUUCCGGUGUCCACCCGACCGCCAGGGGGCGUAGAGAGAGCAACAGAAAUCAACGUGGUGCUUUUUUUCAAACCCCAGUUUGUGCCGAAGGAGGCAGCUUGUCUCCCAGCUUCAGUUCUUCCUUUUUGAAAUCUGCUCACCUCACGUGCCCUUAGAACUGACCUCUGGGGUUGCUGUUGAUGCUUUGAGGAUCCUUCUCACGUUCUGUCUCUCUUACCCAGACUCUUGUUUAUGCCUCUCUCACUCACUCACACACACACACUCACUUACACACACACACAUGCAUGAACAUACAUAUAAAUACAGAUGUGUACUUCGUGCACAAUCCUGUGCAUACCACUCCACCAGAGGCGUGUCCUACAGACCCAACUGCCUUCAGUUUCAACUGUGUGUGUUUUUCUUGCCGUUACUUUUGGCAAUGUGUGUUUUCGCCAUUUGCGCAAAAAUGUUUUUAUAUUUUCUAUUUUCGCACUUGAAAUUCGACUCCCAAACACUAUCCCGCAGGCAUUUCUAACAUGCAGUUCGUGUCCCAUUGUCAUUGCCAUACACCUGUCCUUAUCACGUGCUUAUCACGUAUACCUGUAUUCUUUCUUCCAAACUUGUACAAAUCUUGACAGUUACUCCCCCACAACCCUCCCUCCCCCCAGUCUCAAGCACAAAUUAUGUGCACUCCGUCAAACCUGCUCAAAUCUUCAAACUUGUUUGUCUCAAUAAAAGUAGUUCCAUGAAAGUAGUUCCUAACGUUGACUGUUUGCACCUGAAGUUCACUUUUCUCUCACCAGUAUUCUGGGCACCGAGCUGUCCUGCCUUGUCUCUUCCAGAGCUUCCUGCAGGCACGUGCUGUAUGCUUCGCCUUGGUCAGUGUGUCUGGACACUCGCCUACUCAGGACUUGUGUGCACGUGUGUCGACUGUACGAGCGUUGGUACUGUAUCGCCCUGUCACGUGUGUGUGACAUCACCGAGAUUCUUUGCUUGCUUGGGACAUAUUCAUGACUAACAGUUACUACGACUGUUCCCUGUUACGUGUCCGUGACAUGACUGACAGUUACUAUGAUUGUUCUCAUGUUACGUGUCUGUUACGUGACUGACAGUUACUAUGACUGACAGUUACUAUGUUACGUGUCUGUGACGUGACUAUAACUGCUUUCUGCCUGUCUUCUCCGUGGAACUGCAUGACUAUCAUCAGCACAGAUGUCGGCGAUGUGACAAUACCGCAGGUAGGACAGUCUGGGACAUUAUUAUUGUUAUUUAUUAAUAUGACUAGUAAUGGCCGUCCUCGUCCUGAAUAAAAGAUCGGUUUCCAGACAGCUGAUUACACGUCUGCAUCAAGACAUUUUUAUCCUCUCCUGGACCCUCGGGGCAAUGGAAGGAGGUGGCGUGCACACUUGUACAAAGUUUGAAUUGCUCACGGCCGUUAUCCGCUAAACGGCUUUUCUUGAACUACACUGUCACCUCUAGCUGCCAGGAACACGUUUUUACCCGUCUUCUCCCUCUCCAUUCCGCAAACUGUGAUGGCUUGAUGCAUUUACAGCCGGAAGUAGCCCUGGAUGUGUAUCGUGGCCACAUUAUGCAUCUCAAUAGCUGAUAGGAAGCCAACGAAAUAAGAUGAUUUUCGGAAACAGCCCAAGCACCGCGUGUGGCCCAUACGAAAUGGCCAUUAAUGUCUGCAGAUCGCUGGGGAGUCGGUGAGCUGCAUAUGAAGCAGGCCACCCUUCUCCUCCCAUGAAAUGCAGUUGUAGGGUCUCGGUGCUGAAUUAUAUAGACAUACACACACCAAAUCCUAUUACUGGUGUUAAUAACAAACGUCGAAUACAAUGAAAAUCAUUGAAUACUCCAGAAUGGACGAUGGUUUUCGAAUAUUGGUGUACAGGGAAUGUUUAGUACUAUUGUUGGAAUGUUUUCAGGGCGGGGUGGGUAACAUCAGAGUGCGAUGAUGAGGUUACAGCUACAAUGACAGUUUUGUGGUGAGCGUGUCGUUGUCAGACUU